AUGGGGGACCAGCAAUUGUAUAAAACUAACCAUACUGCCAACAGCAAUGAGAACUUGUACUACCAACAACACCAAAUGAACUCCCUUCCAUCUCUAAAUCAUAGCUAUGGGACAUCUGUUAUGGAUGCUCCCCAAGCGUCCCCUCUCUCCCCCCCAUUUCCCCAAGAUUCAAGAGACAGCAUACCUCUGCCUGUAGGUUCAAAAGGUCUUGGGUCAAUGGAUACAUCUAGACAAACCAGUUGGACACAUUCUGGCUCAGGAAACCACGUUCCGGUGAGGAACAAUUUGAGUAAUCAAAGCGCAAUGUGGAGUCCCCUCGGGCAGGGGGAGUCCCACGACGGAUACCAAUAUUCUUACUCUCAACCUAGUGAAAGUCGAUCGCAAAAAAUUACCAGCGGUGUCCUGCAUAAAUUGGACUCCUUUACACAAGUAUUUGCUAACCAGAAUCUGAGAAUUCAAGUCAACAACAUGGCUCAGGUUUUGCACACCGAGUCUUCGAUGGCGGAUAAUUCUGGUGACAGCGCGCUCAGGCAGCUGCUGUCCCAGAAGCCGGCGGGUGAGCAACAGCCUGUAACUUCCAGUGUGCAAAGCUACCAAAGGCAAAGAUCCCACCCACUGCCACAGCACCAGAAUUUUGCAAGCACGCAGCAAAAGCAACAAAUGCAAGUCAUGCAGCACCAACAGUUGUACUACGACUACCAGCAACAUUUAUCGCAGAUGCAGAUGCAUUCUGUGUUUCAGCAAGGACAGACACACGUUCCACAAAUGCAGUCCCAGCAGCUCUUACCGCAGCAGAUGCAGCACUUGCAGCAGGCUCAAUACUAUGCUCAGCCCCAGCAGGGACACCAGCGGCUCUCAAUACAGGAGAUCCAGCAGCAGCAGCAGCAACAGCCGCCUCGGCAACAGCAGCAGCAGCGGCAGUGUCCCAUGCAAAUAGCUCAGUAUUACCAAACGCAGCCCGUCAUGCCGCAGUUACAGCAACAGCACCAACAGAUGCAGUUGCCGCUUCCUCCGUAUCACCGGGAACCUGACCCAAAGACUAUGCACGAACCGCACGAGUACUCUCAGGAUGUGAGUCAUCCCGUGCAGCUUAUCCAGUUGGGAGCGGUCCCUCAGUAUUCCUACCAAGAUCCCCAUGAACAGUACAGGCACUUGUACCCGCAGAGUUUGCUGCAGCAGCAAGAUCAGCAGAAGCAAUACCCGAGCGACAGCAGAGCGCCUUCGCUCAACUCCCAUGUUGGCCUCACUCCGCCAGAGACUGCCGAGGAUCCCGCGCGGCAGGAGAUCAGUUCUGUGGGUAACGCUGCCCCUCAUCGAACUCUUUUGCCACCCUCGGGAGUUCAUCUGAACAACAAAAGCUCUCAGCAAGACUCUCCCAGCACCGCGUGGCCCCAGCAGGCACAACUGUCAGAUGGUAGACUGCAGCCGCUGUCCCCAGAACAAAGUGGCCAGAACAGAGAAACACUUCCUGAGAGAGCUGAUGUGAAGAACAAGCUACUGUGUUCAAUAUGCUUGAAGGAGUUUAAGAGUUUGCCGGCUCUAAAUGGUCACAUGAGGUCACACGGAGGAGUAAGAGCAUCUCCUAACUUCAAACAGGAUGAAGGAGAGAAACCACCACAGCAGCCGCUGCCUAAAGAGGUGGAUAGCCUCGCGCCCAUCGUCAUGCCAGUGUCUGUCCCUGUAAAGCUUCUGUCACCCGAGCCCGGCACGCAGCCCUCUGCCAGCGCUGCCCCAGUCAAAGACAAGCCUGCCAACUCUGUGUCAGAUGACGAGAUGCCCGUUCUCGUGAAGAUGACUUACUCUCCACCGUGCAGCCCAAAAGUGGCCAACCCCUGCUCAUCCUCUGAACUUAGCAAAAAACCUCAUCAAAGUGCUGUGAAAUUGGAAGAAAACUUCAAACCAUUGCAGGACAAGAAGAAGUAUCGGCACAGACCUGAACCUCUCUUCAUACCUCCUCCUUCCUUCAACUUCAGCAUGUCCCACUCUGGUGCCACCCUGUACCAGAGUCAGCUUCGCUCUCCCCGUGUCCUCGGAGAUCAUCUGCUGGAUCGGACGCAUGAGCUCCCCCCCUACACUCCACCACCGAUGCUUAGUCCAGUUCGGCAAGGGUCUGGUCUCUUCAGCAGCGUUAUCACAUCAUCUCAUAGCACCUCACAUACUCAGCUGCCGCUUACUCCACUGACGCCUACUCCACGGGUGCUCCUGUGUCGGUCUAAUAGUAUUGAUGGAAAUGUCAUCCCAGUGACGCCUGGGCCUGGAGAACAGACUGUUGAACCACGAAUCAAUAUUGGGCCCAGGUUCCAGGCUGAUAUUCCUGAGCUGCAGAACAGAUUGUUAAUGGAGAAAGAUGUGCACAAGGCUACUUUGGUUUGGAAACCGUGGCCAGAACUGGAAAACAAAGUCUUCCAACAAAGAGUGGAAGACCUUUUAAAUAUGAGCUGUUCGAGUGUGUUACCUGGCGGAGGAACUAACUCAGAAUAUGCUUUGCACUCUCUCUUUGAAGCAAAAGGAGAUAUUAUGGUUGCUCUUGAGAAGCUGCUGUUGAGAAAGCCAGUGAGAUUGAAGUGUCACCCCUUGGCGAAUUACCACUACGCUGGCUCUGACAAAUGGACACAUCAAGAAAGGAGACUGUUCAAAGAGGCCUUGUCCACUUACAGCAAAGAUUUCAUAUUUGUACAGAAAAUGGUUAAGUCUAAGACGGUUGCACAAUGUGUGGAAUACUACUAUACCUGGAAGAAGAUCUUGCGUUUGGGACGGAAGCACAGAACACGUUUAGAAAAGAAAAGAGAGGAAUGCCUGACAAGUGGAGAAGAGGAAGUGUUAGAGGAAGAUGAGGAGAUUGAAGAAGACAGAAAGGAAGAAAGGGAAAUGCAGAAGUCUCCUGACCCACCAGCUAUCUCUCUCGUUGGACCUAUAGAUCAGCCUGCCCUUCAGGGUCUUUCACUCUCUUCGUCCUCCUUCAUCUGUGAAAUGCCAAACUGUGGCGCUGUGUUCAGUUCGCGACAAGCGCUAAACGGCCAUGCUCGCAUUCAUGGAGGUACGAAUCAGGUGACAAAACCACGAUGCACCGUUCCAGGCACUAAACAGAAAUCUGGUACGCAGAGUGGAUACUGCUCCAUCAAGAGUUCACCUGCCCACAGCACAACAAGCGGUGAGACCGACCCAACAACAAUUUUUCCUUGCAAGGAGUGUGGCAAGGUAUUUUUCAAAAUCAAAAGCCGCAAUGCCCAUAUGAAGACUCACAGACAACACGAAGAACAGCAGCGGCAGAAGGCUCAGAAGGCUGCUGUGGCAGCAGAAAUGGCAGCCACGAUUGCAAGAACUACUGGGCCAGUUGGGCAUGGUUUGAUCCCUCUGGAUCACAUGAGCUUGGUUAAAAAUGUCGGCGACAUCGAUGACGAUGUUGUUCAGGAGCUGGGUGAUGUCAUGGAAGAGAAUGAAGUAAUGGAUGCUGACCUUUUACUGGAUGAUGAAGAUGCAGAUCUACUGCAGGAUGAUGCUGAGUUGUAAAUAAAGUUGUUUGACAGACAGCAACUGAGCACACCCUGAAUGGAUCAAUCAGGAAACCUGGACUGUUCGUUUAUUCCCCACUGAUUGUAAACUACCUGUUGAAAAUGAUAAUUCUUUUAUCCAGGUCUAGAAAAAAAAUUUGGUUUUUUCCUCACCGUUUUUUUUAUUAAUUUGUGGGUUUUGGGGGAAAAUAAAUAAUUGGUACAAAUAUU